AUGCCUCGAGUAAAAGUGGCUCAGGCUGGAAGACAGGGCCCCACAAAGAGACAACUUGCCGAACACUUUGCAGCUGGGGAGAUCAUCACUGACAUGACGAAGAAGGAGUGGAAACUAGGAUCCCCCAUCGGCCAGGGUGGCUUCGGUUGUAUAUAUCUUGCUGAUCUGAAUUCCUCGAAAUCUGUGGGCAGUGAUGCACCCUGUGUUGUAAAAGUGGAGCCCAGUGACAACGGACCCCUCUUUACUGAACUGAAGUUCUACCAGCGAGCUGCCAAACCAGAGCAAAUUCAGAAGUGGAUUCGUACCCAUAAACUGAAGUACCUGGGUGUUCCUAAGUACUGGGGGUCUGGUCUACAUGAUAAAAAUGGAAAGAGUUACAGGUUUAUGAUAAUGGAUCGCUUUGGGAGUGACCUUCAGAAAAUAUACGAAGCAAAUGCCAAAAGGUUUUCUCGGAAAACUGUCUUGCAGCUGAGCUUAAGAAUUCUGGAUAUUCUGGAGUACAUUCACGAGCACGAGUAUGUACACGGAGACAUCAAGGCCUCAAACCUUCUUCUGAGCUACAAGAAUCCUGACCAGGUGUACUUGGUAGAUUAUGGCCUUGCUUACCGGUAUUGCCCGGAAGGAAUUCACAAAGAAUACAAAGAAGACCCCAAAAGAUGUCACGAUGGCACGAUCGAAUUCACCAGCAUCGAUGCGCACAACGGCGUGGCCCCAUCAAGACGUGGUGAUUUGGAAAUACUGGGUUAUUGCAUGAUCCAGUGGCUUAGUGGCCAUCUUCCUUGGGAGGAUAAUUUGAAAGAUCCUAACUAUGUUAGAGAUUCCAAAAUUAGAUACCGAGAAAAUAUUGCAGGUUUGAUGGACAAAUGUUUUCCUGAGAAAAAUAAGCCAGAUGAAAUUGCUAAAUACAUGGAAACAGUGAAAUUACUGGACUACGCCGAGAAACCUCUUUAUCAGAACUUGCGAGACACUCUUCUGCAAGGACUGAGAGCCAUAGGCAGCAAGGACGAUGGCAAGCUGGACCUCAGCCUUGUGGAGAACGGAGGCCUGAGAGCAAAAACAGUAACAAAGAAGCGAAAGAAAGGAAUCGAGAGCACAGAAUCCAGUGUUGAAGAUAUGGAAUGCUCAGAUACACAGACAGAAGAGGCCACACAAACCCGUUCGAAAGCCAGGAAGAGAGUCCAGAAGUAAAUCAGAUGCUGUCAGCUGAUUUUUCUUUUCUUCCUUUCGUUUGGCUUUCUCCUCUUUUUCUAUUUUCAACGUUUCUUUUUCAUGGGAGUCUUUUAGGGUAGGGCUAACCAUGAAGUACCUAUGUCUUUGAAAAAUAUGAACUUUUUUAUUAAAUACUUUGUACAAUUUAUUAAAGGCCAAUUUAUAAAAUUUAAAAUCUUUAGGUUAUACUCUUGGAGCUAUCCCAGGCUGUGUGUGUUUGAGGUUCUGGAGUAGAUAGGAGAAAAACUACCAUGCUGUGUACUUUUCAAAUCAUUGUACGUUGCCCAGAGUGUGUAAGUGUGCUUAGACAAAGUCCUUACCUUGAAGGAAGUAACAGCCUUAAAAUAAAAGUCUCUUUGCGUGAUAACAAAUACACCAUUUGUCGUGGCC